GAGGUCAAGUGUAGGUCUGUUAACACCUGCACAUUAUGCUCUCAGUGUGUGUGAGGCUGUAAGGAGGAGAGGAGAGGAGAGGAGAGACUCCCUCCCCUUGUUCCCUGUCCAACUCUGCUUCCAGCUGUUGCUGCAUUCCUCUACACGUCGCGGUCGGCUCAGGCCGCCGGCCUAUUUUUCUGACUUUUGCGGCUGUUUGUAACUUGCGCUGGAGUGUGUUAAAGUGACAGCGGAUUACAGGACUUUCCUUAGAAGUAAAUAGCCGUGCAUGUUGUUCCUGUUAGGAAUGUGGGUGGCUGCCGUCAGGAGUAUCACCACCACUAAAGGAGCAGAGGCUUAACAUUUGUAGGACCCCAAGAUCUUGGACCAAUCGGUCUGUUUCUGCGCGAUGACAGAAGUGGCCAAAUGCGCGUCAGUAAUGGAGUCCGAUAUGAUGUUUAAGGCAGAGUCGGAUCAGAUGUGUCCAUCAGAACCCAAGUCUCCACCCUUGGACCUGAUAGACACGGGAAAAGGCCUGAAGGUCCAGACUGCGACGCCUCAUCUGGUUAGCCUGGGCAGUGGGAGACUGAGUGUGGCUAUCACCCUGCUGCCACUCAAGGAAGGGGUGACACGUAUAGGCAGAGAAGAUGCUCCAGUCCCUCAAGACAUUACGAUUCAGGGACCUGGCAUUGAGGCAGAGCAUUGUCUCAUUCUCAAUGAAGGAGGAGUGGUGACCCUUGACCCCUGUGGUCACCUCUGCAGUCUAGACGGAGUCCAGGUCACCGUACCCACUCCACUCACACAAGGAUAUUCUCUGUGUUUGGGUAAGUCCUACUACUUCCGAUUCAACCAUCCUGCAGAGGCCAGCAGAAUGAAGAGCAUGCUUCCACAAAAGAGCCCAGUGUCAGCCUUAGCCUACAACACAGAUUAUCUGAAGUUCAGCAGUGACUACAGUCAUGCAGUGGGAGGCACCGGUAGUAAUAGAGGGAUGCGAUCAGCCUCUGAGCUCCGAGACUUGAUGGACACCCUGCAACGCAAAAAAAUAGCCCUGGAAAACAGCCUGAGAGCCAAUGGGAACGCUAACCCCUCCUAUUUUAGCGUCACACAGUCCCCCCCCACCACACCCACUUCCAGCCCUGCCAUGUCUUCAUCAGCCUAUCAGGAACAGGCAAGGCGUUUCUACAGCUCUGAUCGUCCACCUGUUUCUUUGAAAUCUGGUUCCCAUCUUCCUCCAGGACGACGAUCCGACCCUUCGACUUCCUCUCGUGCUUCUGUCAGCCGCGGUCAGGACAACCGUGGUGUCCCCGACAGUCGACGACUGCACAACCCAGGCUCCUCGCCUUUAUUUUCCACAUGGAACGGUGGAGGUUCUUCCACUUCUGUUGCCAGUAGCGAUACUGUUCUCCUCUCUCUUCCUCCCUCCUCCGCAGCCCGUGCUCCAUCGACGGGGGGUGCUGUCAGCAUGCCCUCAAGCCCCCGUUUGGGCCGGCGUACCCAUGGGAACCAAGAACCAUUGCCCACGAGUCGAACCCGGAAAUAUUCAGCCGGGUCACUCAGCAGUCUUACGACCGGAUCACAUAGCCGAUCGCUGCCACGACUUUGUCUUUCUUCAUCUCAUCGGGGUGACAGCAGUGGAACGCUGCCCUUAUCGAUGCUCCCUCUGAGACAGGCUGAUAUUAAUGGGAGUUACAAAUCAAACAAGGAGUCUUACAGCAAUAAUCCAAAUGCCAACCCUGAAUUCAGCAACGGCUCCAGCAACUCCUACCAGCAAGUAUCCAACAGGAAUCAUAUCCAGACCAAUACUCAGGGUGAAGGUGUUGUGUCUAUUUCUCUUUCCGCUCCUAAAAACACUUCAUCCCCCACUUAUUCCAUCUCAUCGACAACUGCCCCACCAGAUGUGACAAUCCCAUCCAAGGCUGGAGGCUCUUCUUCUCCCCGAGUCGCCAAAAAACUCAGCCUAACCUCCACCAGCUCAUUGGGCUCAGUCAGCUCCACAAAUUCCAGCCCUCCUGAGGCGGAAUCUAAUUUCACCCGAGGGGUGUCUGCAGGUAUAGAGAGGUCCUUGGGGGAGAAAGAAAGAGGACCUGGAGGUCUGGAGCUCACCUGUGCGCCGGUAUUGGGACUUGGGGAGAUGAGGGCUUCAUUUGGGAAAGCAGGGGUGGAUCAUGGGACGGGUCUAGGGGAGAGGAGACAAUCGUUCGGAAAGGCAGGGGUGACUCCACCUGGGGGUUUUAGGGAAAGAAGGGGAAGUAUUAGCUCUCUUAGUGGGAAGGAAGAACUGACGGAUUACCACCAACGGCAAAAAGAGGAGAGGGUUCGUGAGCAGGAGGUGGAGAGACUGGAGCGACAGCGGCUAGAAACCAUCCUGUCUCUUUGUUCAGAACUCGGUCGCGCCGAAAGGGACGGACGGCGGCCGGCGGCGAGUUCCACCUCAGCCGUUGCGGACCUCCAGAAGAUUAACCAGGAGCUUGAGAGGCUGCAAGUAAACGAUGACGACGACGACACGCCAUCCGUGUUUUCUGACUCUUCAGCUGUUAACGGGGUUCCGGGCAGCGGUCACAUGACCUCCCUGGGGUCAGAGAACUGUUACUUUGAUGACAACUUGCAGGUGCGGCAGAGGCGCAGCAGUGGACACAGAGAUUACUGGGCUGAAUCCCCUGCAGUCAGCCUCCGAAGCUUUGCCCCGUCACCCUCUGUAAGAACUCUCAGGACAAAUGAGUCUGCAGAGGAUCUAGCUUCCUGCUUAGGGCCAUACUCCAUGCCUUCAGAGGAGGAAGUGAGGCAUGUGGAGGAGGAGAGAAUUCAGGUGUUGAACAACAUCGAGGAGCUGGAGCAGAAAAUCAAGGAGCUGGACAACCAGAUGGAGGAAUCUGCUCGAGAGGUAGAAGUUGAGCGAGCGCUGGUUGAAGCUGAGCAGGAGUCGGAAGGAGCUGCUCUCCAGCGGGAAAAAGAUGCUUUGGAUGAGCUUCACACCAAGAUGGAAGACCUGGACACAAAGUCCCAACAGGAAAAAGAAAAGGCGUGCGAGUUGCUGCAGGCAGAAAGGGACAGAGUAGAGAGGUUGGCUCAGAUUGUGUGUGAGCAGCGCUCCCAGCUGGACAGCUGCCCUGAAGCCACCAAGGAGCCCCUGCAGGAGCAGCUAGCCAGGGACUGUGAGGUACUUGAGACAGAGACAAAGCGCUUCGAAGACCUGGAGUUCCAGCAGCUGGAAAAGGAGAGCAGACAAGAUGAGGAGAAGGAGACCCAUACGCAAGAACUUCUCAGAGAGAUCGCAGACUACCAGCGCAGCACGGUCGCUCGCAAGGAGCGACUCUUAGCUCUGAAGAAGCAAGCAGCGGAGAUAACCGAGCAGGCUCAGAGAGAAAAGGAGAGCUUCUUGAAGGAAAGGAGCAACCUUGAAGUGAUGCUGCAACGAGAAAAGGAAAGCCUUGCUACACUGGAAAGAAAAUAUGCUGACCUUACUGGUGGCCAGACUUUCUCUCUGAGGGAGGGAUAUGUCACUGUCAGUGAAAUCAAUGAGCUUUACUCACAGCUUGGGCAGGACCCUAACCCUGCCCCCUCCCUGGUCAAAGCGCCCCCUGAGUCUGAGGUUAACCUUUCCCCUGAGGGAGACUCCACAAAGCCAACGGAGGAUGAGCAUUUCCGUUUGCUGGAAGAGAGGAAGCGCUCUGAGAAAGAAAGUGGUUCACAUCUGAGUGAUACUUUACCCAGGAAGAAAAACGUUCCCACUCUGAAUACCCAGUUCACAUGCGCAACACUUGGUCGCAGCUACCCAACAAAGUCCCAUCAGCCUCUGGUUCAAAGCACAAGUUGUGGCAGCAUUCUUCCCAGAAUUCUCUCUCUGUCCAACAAGGAGGCUGAAUCUCGUCGUCUACAGAAAGGUCAGUCUGGGUCCAGAGCUGCUUCCCAGACUAAUGUCUACCUUGAUACCUUUGGGUACCGUGAAAACCAGGCCUUUGACACGAUGAGUGUGGACAGCAGUGACUCCAUUGAAACCAGCAUCUCAGCUUGCUCACCUGACAACGUUUCCAGCGCCAGUACUUCAAACGUGGCCAGGCUAGAGGAGAUGGAGCGCCUGCUGAGGGAAGCACAGGCUGAGAAGAACCGCCUCCUAGAGUACAAGGAACAAGAGAUGGAAAUGCGUAAGCAGGACCUGGAAGAGGAGAGGAGAAGGAGAGAGGACCUGGAGAAAAGACUACAUGAGGAGACAAGCAGACGUCAGAAACUCAUUGAUCGUGAAGUGAAGAUGAGAGAAAAACAAAGAGCACAGUCCCGGCCGCUGACUCGGUACCUGCCGGUGAGAAAGGAUGACUUUGACCUGCGGUCUCACAUUGAGUCAGCAGGUCACAACACGGACACGUGCUUCCACUUAUCCAUCUCAGAGAAGACUUGCCGAGGCUACCUGAUCAAGAUGGGAGGCAAGAUCAAAACCUGGAAGAAACGUUGGUUUGUCUUUGACCGCAACCGUCGCACUCUGUCCUACUAUGCAGACAAACAUGAGGCUAAGCUGAAAGGAGUGAUAUACUUCCAAGCUAUUGAAGAAGUUUAUUAUGAUCAUUUGAAGAGUGCGCACAAGAGCCCGAACCCGUCCCUAACCUUCAGCGUUAAGACUCAUGAUAGAGUGUACUACAUGGUGGCUCCCUCUCCUGAGACCAUGAGGAUCUGGAUGGAUGUGAUUGUCACCGGAGCUGAAGGAUACACCCAGUUCAUGGUGUAGCGACAGGCAGGGUCAUGACUGCAUAUGGGAAUGUUUCAGGGUGUUUCACUAUUGGAAGAGAAGUGUAUGAGAGCACCAUGUCACAGUCUUCAUCCCGGCAGCUUAACCAAAAAGUAUGCCUACUCACAUGUAGUGGUUCUGUCUUCCUUUUGAUCACUUCUGCCUGACAUAUAUGAAUAUAACCCAAGAAACAUAGACAUGACCUGACCAGAAUCUUUUAAAUGUUAUUUCCUUUUACGGUGGACCACAGAUGUUGAACUGUGAACACAUACAGGAUUAUAAUUCUUAUAAUUUUAUGCAAACUCUACUUUAUUAUAAAACAAAUUACACCAGUCACUGUGAAAGGUACUGUGAUGCACCGCUCUGCCUUAAAGCUAACUUCAGCUGACCUCUUAAUUCGGCCCAAGUGUAAAGUACCCACCAAAAACACUCUCUCUCAGUGUCUCUAGGGGAGAGCACAGCAGUAUUUUAUUAACAAAAAAAAGGAGAAUCCUUUGGGAAAACUGAACCCUGACUCAAGUUUCAGCUGUAUAUUGUGUCCAUCCUGUAACUUCCCAUGAAGUGCUUACUUAACACUUCAGAGUUUUUUUUAAAAUAUUCUUUAAAACAAAAUACCAGAAACACUAGUAAAGAACUCCAUUUUUGAUUUGCUUAAUGUCUUGCAUUGUUACUGAAGCAUUCUCAGGUGAUGAUGUGUGUUACAUGCACUUGAGAUAAAUGCCUCUUUUCCAUUCACGGCUCCAGCAACGCAUAGCUCCAGCCUGCUCUACUUCGUCCACUUGGCAUGAAACCUGUCGUGUUUCCAUUUCAGCAUCGUAUGCUGUGGAAACAAAGUAAAAUAAAAACUUAGCGUCGCACAUCAUGUACUCCAAAAACAGUGAGGCUGCCAACUCCAGACCCCCCACCCGUCUCAGCUCACGGGACGAUGGCCAUAAAUGGCUUCUAUGAUUUCUAACCACCACCACCGCUUUCAGUUUGACCCAGUUGGGCCAUUGUGGUCCUUAUUAUUUUUGUAGGCGUUCUUCAGUUGUGAGGUUUUCCCGACACUGUGGUAUACUUGUCAUUCUCUCUGUUACAUCGGCGAAGACUUUUUCAUGCAGCUGACAUACAACGGACCUUGCUUAUGGCCAAUCAGUGAACAGCAGUCUGUUCACAUCACAUUUCGGCCUCGCUCAACCCCAAUGGGACCUACUGAUGACCGGUACCAAGAAAGCCAGUACCAGGCUGUAAAAGCUAGUAAUGGAAACGGUUGCAAUACGGGCUAAGUGUAGUGGAGCAGAGCACAUGGAAAAGGGGCAAAAUAGGUUUCUUUUUUGGGUGCACUCUCUUUGUACACAUCUAUUGAUAGAGGGCUGCUAAUGUAGCUCCAAAGGUGCUAUUGUUGUGUAAUAUUCCUUGGAACAUAUAAACAGAAAACGUAGCGCACACUCAAACAGAGCUAAUUUCUCUGUUUAUUUUUUUUGUUGAUUGUGAUCAUUGUCCUGGAUUUUACAAGAAAACCAUCAAAGACUCUGAUGCUAAGAUUUAACAAAUGAAAUGACAUUCAGCUGUUUUUUUAAUACAAAUCCCAAAGCCACAAAAGACACAGUUUUAUUUGUACAUGUUGCCGGAAAGCUUUAUGUAAUUUUAAAAUAAUUGACAUAGGAUGCUCAUUUUUAACACAUGCGGUUUAGUUUUGGUGUUUGUCAUGUGGCAAUACUUUUAUAUGUAAACGUUCUGUGUUUAUAAAGUAAUCUCUAAAAUUUGUGCCAUGGUUAAAGUGUUUAUUAAGAUGCGAAGCAGACAAAUCUAUAGUACAUUAUUGUCUAGUUCUCAAAUCUGACUCAUUUUUGUGCUGCUUUCAUACACUAGCUUUCAAUGCAUGACAUAUAUUACCAUUAAUUAAAUAAUUUCUUUUUAAAUAAUAACUAUUUCACUGCAAUCAUUAAAGCUACUUUGUAACACACACACAUUUAUGUAUAUAUAUAUAUAUAUAUAUAUAUAUAUAUAUAUAUAUAUAUAUAUAUAUAUAUAUAUAUAAUUCUACUUACAAUGCCUAUAUCACCCAGCUUUGCAUCGUGUCUCGUUGUGUUGUUGACCAAAGUUUAUAUUUGAGUUAUAUAAUGUAUAUUUGGGGCUUUGUUGCUUUUAAAGUAAAAUAGUAUCAGAAGUAUAAAAUUUCCAUGUCACUAUGAUGAAACAAGGACAAGGCCAUUUGUACCAUGGAGCUGUUUCAGCUGAUUUCCAGAGCUUGUUUAAUGCUAUCAUUAUAUUUUUUAUAUAUAACAGCAUGUUUGUAUGUUGAUUCUACCGUAUUUAUGUCAUUAUCAAAGUAUAUCUUAAUUUUGUAUUUUCAUGAGAACAAUAAAUGGUAUGCUUUUA